AUGAUCCACCCAGAGUCGGUGUCAAAUGUUGCACAUUUUUGGAUUCUAAUAGUCCACCAUUCUAUUGAAAAGAUCCAGAUCUCAGUGAUGCAAAACUCUUUGAUAGAAGAAAUGCAAGUUAUUCUUGCUGAAGUAGACAAAUCCAAGAAAGGGGGAAAGGUAGCAUCUUCUACUACUGUUCCUAAAAUAAGAAACCAGCCCGCUCGAAAGAGAAACUCACCCAAUCCAAGUGAAAGUGAAGGUUUAGAUUCUAAGACCGAGUCAGAUAUUCGGAUUGAGGAAAACCAACCUGUUCGCAAUGAGGAGGAAGAGCAAGUUCACAAUAAGGAAGUUCGCAAUGAGGAGGGUGACAACACUCGCACUGAAGAGCCAAAUCCCAAUCGAGAGGUAACUCAAACCUUCAAUGAUUCUAUUCCUUCUCCUCCUCCAUCACAUACAACUUCUUCUAUUCCAAUCACCAUAGCACCUUCCACUCCUGUAGUUUCAAUCAACAUAUCUAAUACUGGGGCUAAAACUCCAGGCUUCUCAACAGAUGUUUCACCACCCAUCUCCCCUUUUCGCACUAAUGAUCUAGACAUCAUUUUUGGGGAUGAUAAUAACCGUAACCUUGGCGGAUUCACCUGCAGUCCAUUUCAGAUAAGGACUGAAAGUGAAGAUGAAGACAAUGUCACGAAAGGGAAGCUUAAGUCCCUUCAUGAAAAGAUUGACCAACUAAUUUUGCUGAAGUCUGCAAGACUACGACCGAAAAAGUCGAUAAAGAUAACUGGAAAAAUCUCCGCACAUGCCUACAGAAGGAUCAUGAAUCAUUUCAAACCAACAUCACUAAAGCUUCAAAAUGAUUUGGCGAUGAAAAGUAAGGUGAUGGAUGCUCUCACCAUGAAGACAGAAAAGAUCAAAGUGUUGAGCCUUAAAUUGGAAAAUGCUGAAAAGAAGGUUAAGGAUCAGUUAUCUGAGAAGGCUGUCAUGCGAAGCUGCAUCUCAGAUGUUGCAGGCUUACUCUCAGAUAUCAUUGAGACCAGGGAUCCAAUGAUUUUGAUCACCGUUCAAAAGCACUUAGCUUAA